UGCUGAGCUUGAUGGAGACAGAUGCAUGUCAGGUACGCGAACAACCUGACUCCCUAUAAAUAGGUGGCCUUCCAUCCUCAUUGGGUCCAUCGCAACUUGCAAGCGCGCACACACACAUCGGGCUAAGUUUUCAGUUGAAGUAGGUCGAGAGUAUGGAGGACGCGAUGAAGGUUGGUCCAUGGGGUCCGCAGGGUGGACAACCUCAAGACAUCAAUAAAGCAAGCAAGCCCCAAUCCCUGGUGAGCAUCACCAUCUGUAGCUCCGAGUCCGAGGAUGGCCGUAUCUUUGGCUUCUCCUUCGUCUACAAGGACCAGAAUAGGAAGCCCCUCCCUGUCGGCCCCUGGGGCAAGAUUGACCCGGAACACAACAUCAGUAAAAUCAACAUGGAUCCCGACGAGUACCUCGUCCAGGUGUUUGGCACCACCGACGGCACCGGCAUCACCUCGCUCAAGCUGGUCACCAACAAGCAGCCGUACGGGCCGUAUGGCUACCCGGCAGGGGCCACCUUCGUGGUGACGUUGCAGCCGAACAAUGGCGAGGUGGUUGCCUUCUUCGGCUGCUCCGGCAACACCCUCGCGGCGCUCGGCGUCUACGUGCUGGGGAAGAAUGGUUUGCCGGUCAAGAUCGGUCCGUGGGGAGGAUCCGGCCAACCCGUGGACAUCACCACGCCAGUCAAGCUUAAGCAGGUCAGCGUCUACAGCACCCAGAAAAUAGGAGAGCGCAUCAAAGGCUUCUCCUUCGUCUACGUCGACCAGCAUGUCAAGCGCACAUCUGCCGGCCCCUGGGGCACGGGCAAAGGACAUGAGAAUCUGCCGUUUUCCAUGAGCCCAGGCGAGUAUGUGAACAAUUUCUCCGGCACUUUCGACGACUACGGGCGUGACCUCGCUCAAGUUCACCACCAACCAGCAGAAUGUGCACGGCCCGUACGGGUACCCCUCGGGGACUGCCUUUAGCGUGCCGCUGCCGAACGACCGCGAUGACAACGGCGCCAUGGUCGGCUUCUUCGGCCACUCUGGGGAGAGCCUCAUGGCCCUCGGCAUCUACGUCGGGCUCGUGUCCAACGAACCAUGAAUCAAUCACUUAUAUAAAUAUAUCUAUCGAGCUAGCAGCUAGCUACUCUACCGAUCGAUCCCAUCCAGAUGUACGUCGUACCUGCAGGCUGCAGACCUCAACUCGAUCCGCUACUAUGCGUUAAACCCCUGCUUGCUAGCUACUAGCUAGCUAGCUGGCUAUACAUAUGUCAUAAUAUGUGUGUAAUGAAUAAGCACGAUGGGAUCCAGCAGCAUCGUCUGCAGCUCGAUCAAAUACUGUUAAGAGAUUAUAUAUGUUCAUGUAUACGUACCUAAGUGUGUAUGAAUAAAGUUGUAAUAUGCCACCCAUGGUUUGCAAUAAAUAAAUACCUCCCGUACGUC